GUCUCUCACCGGCACACAGACGCUUCUCCGUCUCUAAAAAACCCUCUCCGCACGGGCACGCCAUGGACAAUCCUCCGGCCGGCAACGUGGUCAAUCCUCCGGCAGCUGCGGCGGCGGGCAACAACGUGGCGGAUCCUCUUCCUCCGGCGGCGGCAGCAGAAGCAGACAUCGUGGCCAAUCCUCCUCCGGCGGCGGCGGCAGCAGCAGCAGCAAACAACGUGGCCAAUCCUCCAGCGGCGCCGGGUCCUGCUGCAGUGGAUGCCCGAUGGAAAAAGGAGGACAAGACGCAUGCCAUCAUAUUUCUGGUCGCUGCGGCGAUCGCUCUGCUUCUUGUGGUGCUGUUGAUUAUCCAUCCGUGGAAGAAGUAGCGAAGAGUUAGUCAUUUGCCAGGUCAGGUUUCCGAUGGUAAGAUAGGAGCGCUAGAAUGAAUAAAUAGAUCAUCCAAAAUAUGUACCAUUGUACCUGGUAAUACUGUGACGCGUCUUGGCCAACUGCGUGCAAUUAGCUCAAGUCCAAUCAGUGGCGAAUCUUGGAGAAAAAUCAAGGGCAGGCUCAAAGUCAAUGGCAAGAAGAAAAAAGCCACCAAGUCUCAAUUCCUUUGUUCAAAGAAGGCUAGAAUUUGCCAUAAUACUACUAGAAACAUGUACUAUUAACUACCAAUUUCCUUUUUCCAUUGCUGGAGGGCAGACUCAAGCCUAUUAAAGCCUGCCCAGUUCA